CUGUCCUGGUGGAUCCUGCGGUUCCUCCGGCUCUCUGUUCUCAGUGACGCGGUGUGACUUCACUCGGAGGCUGGAGGAGGAGGAGGAGGAGGAGGAGGAGGACUCUUCCGCCGUCUCUCUGUCUCUCUGUCUCCGUCUCCUGUGUCGUCGUCUCGGGUGUCCGGCUGCUCAAACCCGGAGGAGGGAUGGAGACAGCGGCCGCGUACGGCGCCGCGAAGGCCGGGAGCGUCGCCUUCGAUCCCGUCGCGUUCUUCACGCAUCCCCGGACCAUCCUCCGGCUGCUGUCGUGGGUUUUCUCCAUCGUGGUUUUCAGCUGCAUCGUCAACGAGGGUUACAUCAACAUCGGCAGCGAGCGUCUCCUUUGCGUCUUCAACAACAACGCCGAUGCCUGUAACUAUGGCAUCACUGUGGGCGUGGCCUGUUUCCUCGGCAGCAUCUGCUUCCUGAUUCUGGACGUUUACUUUCCCACCAUCAGUAACGUCAGGGACAGGCGGCGUGCGGUGCUUCUGGAUCUGGGCUUCUCUGGCCUCGCCAGCUUCCUGUGGUUCGUCGGCUUCUGUUUUCUGGCCAAUCAGUGGCAGGCGACGUCUCCAGACGAGCUGCCGUUGGCCCAGGGCUCGGACGCCGCCAGAGCCACCAUCGCCUUCUGCUUCUUCUCCAUCCUCACCUGGGCUGUACUGACACUGAGUGCACUGCGGCGCUUCUUAGCAGGCAGCCAUGCAAACUUGUUCACAUGGCAACAUCUGGAUCCCACCCCUAGCAACGGCGCCCGAGCCACACCGUAUCCCAUCGCAAAUGGCGCUACCAUAGUAACCACCAAUCCCUAUCAAGCUCCUCCCUUCACUGAAACCCUGGACCCGCAGAAACUGACACAGCAGAGACCCAUGGCUCCCGCCUUCUAGAGACAACAGAGACAAUGGCAGCGACGCAGGCCAGGAAACGCUCCCUCCACGCCUGCCUCGCUCUGUCGGUGGCUUUCCAUCCGCCCCUGGUGGGAAUUGGCGGGAUUUGGGUCAUGUGAUGUAUGAUCUCCUUUCACCAUGGCAACUGCUGGCUUCAGCUUAGAUAGUUGUAAGUCGUCGAGAAUAACGUCUCCUGCUCAUGCUCACAAACAAACACAGACACAAAAAAUAUAAGCGGCACACGCAGACACAGCUGGAAACAGAUAUACACGCACACCUGGAGUCACCUGUAGAAACACCCGGAAGUACACCACACACACACCGUGACUGCAUGUUCAUAUGGUGAGGUGCAGAAUAACAUAGAUGUAGACCAGUGACGAUGCUCCAUCUGCCUUAUAAACGGACACAAGGGUUUUUAGGUUUUAGUUCGGCCAGUGUGAAGUUCGUCUAUCUGCCUGUUUGCCCUCUCUGACCAAUCACACGCUGCCCUGAAGGCUUGUGGAUUCUAAUUGGUUGAAAUCGAGACUUAAAUGCAGCUUGGCCAAUAGGAGUGUUGGAUGAGGAGGGCGGGAUUUGCAAGAAAGUGGCACAUUUUCUUGGCAGGGCAAUAAAGGCAGAACAGCUUAAUGCAUUCUGAAUGCUAUAGUGUUUCAGUGUGAAAUAUUCAUGUGGUUAAAUAUUUUAUUGUGAUAUGCUGAAGUGGUAUAAUAAAAAAUGAAAAAUAAAAAAAAAAAUAUCCAGUACCACCA